AUCUUCCUUGAUUAAUAUAUCACUUUGGAAUUUUGUUUUACUAACUAAAAACACAAAUGGCUUCUUCAACUCCUCUCUUCCUAAUCCUCUUUGUUAUUCUUCCUAUUUUCAUGGGGAGAUUUUCUAAUGCUCAACUUGAUACUAGUCUCUACGCUAAAUCUUGUCCACAACUAUUUCCGACGAUUAGGGGUGUGGUUCAAACGGCCAUUAAGAAAGAGGCUCGUAUGGGCGCAUCGUUACUUCGCCUACACUUUCAUGACUGCUUUGUCAAUGGUUGUGAUGCAUCAAAUUUGCUUGACGAUUCACCAUCUUUCAAGAGCGAAAAAGCUGCAACUCCAAAUCGUAACUCCGCAAGAGGGUUCGAAGUGAUUGAUCAAAUAAAAUCAGCAGUUGAGAAAGUCUGCCCUGGUGUAGUUUCUUGUGCCGACAUUUUGGCGAUCACUGCAAGAGAUUCAGUUGCUAUUCUCGGGGGACCUGCAUGGGACGUGAAGCUUGGUAGAAAAGAUUCUUUGACAGCCAAUUUUGCAUUGGCCAAUGCUACCAAUACAAUUCCUGCUGCAAAUGCUAGCCUCAGUGCUCUCCUCUCUAGUUUCCAAAACCAUGGACUUUCUACCAGAGACCUGGUUGCCUUGUAUGGUGCCCACACCAUUGGUGUAGCAAGGUGCACAAACUUUAGGCAACACAUAUACCAAGACAAGAACAUUGAUCCCUCAUUUGCUAGAUCAAACCAAGGAAGGUGCCCAAAAAACAAUGGAAAUGGUGACAAUAACUUAGCACCUUUAGAUGCUCAAAGUCCUACAAAAUUUGACAACACAUAUUUUAAAACUCUUCUCAACAAACAAGCAAUUCUUCACUCAGACCAAGAGCUAUACAAUGGAGGAUCUACUGAUGCGCUUGUUAGAACUUAUGCUACAAAUCCACAUGCAUUUAUCUCCGAUUUUACUGCUUCCAUUAUUAAGAUGGGAGACAUUAAGCCUCUUACUGGUUCACAAGGGCAGAUUAGGAAGAAUUGCAGGAGAGCCAACUAAUCUAAGGAUUAAUUAUUAUUAAUUACUUUUAAGUUUGAGACUCAAGUGUUGUUCUUUGCAUUGCUUUGGAGUGAUUGUCAAUUUUUUUUUUCUUGUUUUUUUCCUUCAUUUGUCCCGUAAGAGAUAUUAUAAUGUUUGGUGAUGCAUAAGUUAAUCAAGAAGUGACAUGUUUUAUUUUAAUGAAAUAAAAGAUAUGGUCGACAAGUUUUGUUUGA